AUGAAUCACGAUAGUUUUUCUUCCCUCAAAUUUCGACGACCGUCAAGCAAGCUUCACAAGGACCCUCCUAGUAUCGGUUCCCGCAUGCUUAAGAGUCAGCAGAGCAACACGUCACUUAAACGACACCCCUCAGCGCCCGUGUAUCCGCGUUCUUCUGCCAGCAGAAGCCGCGAACAUUCGCGCACGAGAUCCAACGCAUACGGCUCUUCUACAUCCUCUCUGGAUCAGAACAGUGGUGGGCCAUCUCCAGUUCUUGCAAACAACGAAUCUGGCUAUUUUUCUGGUAACCACAACACCACCAAAUCCCGCCCGCCCCACUCGGGACGGUUUUCACUCAACGAUCAAAGCUCAGAUGAAUUGAUCGGUGCCCCGUUUGAUUCACGGGGUAUGCUAAGUGCUUUGCAAGAAAAUACUGCCGAGUCCGACAGACAACCAAUCCAGAAACCUCCGACGUUGCGGUCUCAGACAGCCCCCGACACUCGAGGACUUAGACAAUCCGCUAGCUUCACCGCUCUACACAACCGUAUGGAUGCCCUAGUAAAUAGAACGGAUAGCGAUCGCUCGACGAAUACUAAGCGAUAUUCCGAUGAGGGAAAUGGUACCAAACCGGUUGGGCGAAGUAAGAAGGCCAGCUUCUCCAGCUUCGUCAACAGCAUGCUAGGUUCUCCUCGUGGUAUUAAGAUAUCUGCACCGGAGAAUCCCGUCCAUGUCACACAUGUUGGCUACGAUAACCAGACGGGGCAGUUCACGGGACUGCCUAAAGAAUGGCAACGGCUGUUACAGGAAAGCGGCAUCUCAAAGAAGGAGCAGGAAGAACACCCGCAAACUAUGGUUGAUAUUAUGAGAUUCUACGAGAAGAAUGCGCAAGGAGACGAUGAGGUCUGGCACAAGUUUGACCAUGCAUAUGCCCAUCAUCAACCAGUUACCACUUCCUCGUCGCAGCCCAGCUCUGGAGGCUCGACUCCCUAUGGCACUGUGGGCCAGCGAGCCUCAUCUCCCACAAGCCCACGUUUCCCACAAAAUCAUGAGGGGAGUUUUGAAAACCCAAGAGCGCCACCUCCGAUCCCCAGGGCUGCUCCAGCAGCAACCCAGGCUAUGUCACCCCCUGCUGGUGGCCUUGUACCCAACCGGGCCCCUCCAAGACCCCCAGCUGCCACUAAUAUGACGCCCGCCCGCCCUGCUCCUCAGCCUCCAACUACUGCCUCAUACGCUACGACAAGACCAGCACAGGAUCCCUGGCCUCAGUUUGGAACGAUCCCGGAGAAUGCACAGCCCUUCGGCACACCGCCCAUACCGGAAUCCGAGCCCUUACCGUCUGGGCCGCAGCUGAGCAGAUCAAACUCUAAGGCUAACAGCGCAGUUACUCCAUGGGUAUCACCAGCGGUGGCCUCCACGCCAACACAGUACCAACAACAACAGGAGCAGGCAAUGGCCACAGCCCAGCAGGCAAUUGCAAGCAAGCAACUUGACCGCAGUCAAAGCCUCCGCCAGCAGCAGGCACAGCAGCCAAAACAAAAACAAGCAACGCAACCAAUUCCACAACAGGUGUCGCCUGUGGAGGAUCCAUCUGCUGCGCAUCAGCAAAGCGCUCGUGCCGUUCCCGCUGCUCGCCCACGGCAACGAGCUCGCCAGAGCAAUGCUAUGGAUAUACGGUCAAGACUGGUCGCCAUUUGCACUCCUGGCGAUCCAACUAAGAUGUACCACAACCUGAACAAGAUUGGCCAGGGUGCUUCUGGUGGCGUAUUCACCGCGUACCACAAUGGAACAGGCAGUUGUGUUGCCAUCAAGCAAAUGAACCUUGAUCUGCAGCCGAAGAAGGAUCUUAUUAUAAAUGAGAUUAUCGUCAUGAAAGACAGCAAGCACAAGAACAUAGUCAAUUUCUUGGACAGUUAUCUUCAUGGCCUAGAUCUCUGGGUGGUUAUGGAAUAUAUGGAAGGUGGCAGCCUUACCGAUGUGGUCACUUUCAAUAUCAUGAGUGAAGGGCAGAUUGCUGCCGUCUGCCGAGAAACUCUGAGUGGUCUACAACACCUUCACUCCAAAGGCGUAAUCCAUCGUGAUAUCAAGUCAGACAACAUUCUCCUGGCAUUGGAUGGCAAUAUAAAAUUGACCGAUUUUGGAUUCUGCGCCCAAAUCAACGACUCGCACAACAAGCGAAACACGAUGGUCGGCACCCCGUACUGGAUGGCCCCGGAAGUCGUUACGAGAAAAGAGUAUGGUCGAAAAGUUGAUAUUUGGAGCUUGGGAAUUAUGGCUAUCGAGAUGAUCGAGGGUGAGCCUCCGUACCUCACCGAAUCACCUCUUCGGGCACUAUACUUGAUCGCAACGAACGGGACCCCUACGAUCAAGGAUGAACAGAACUUGUCACCGGUUUUCCGAGACUUCUUGCACCUUGCACUGAAGGUCGAUCCCGAAAAGAGAGCAUCGGCCCAUGACUUGCUGAAGCACCCUUUUAUGUCUUUUUGUGCCCCUCUAUCCCAUUUAGCACCCCUUGUAAAAGCUGCACGGCUCAGCAGGGCCCAGGAGAAAGCCCAAAAAGGGGGUCAUUGA